UUAAUAAAACACGUUUAGACAUGGAGCUCGGCAUUGCUUUGUUGCUUGGUCUAGUAAUUCUAGUUAUAUUUUGCUGUAAGAAGCAACAACCAGUAGGCUUCCCUCCUGGUCCUGCGGCAAUGCCUGUUUUAGGGAAUAUACUGCAGAUGGACUUCUCUAAUCCCCUAAAGGAUCUGCAGAAGUUCUCUGAAGUGUAUGGCCCAGUAUACAGCAUAUAUUUGGGAUUUACACCUGCAGUUGUGGUCCGAGGACUCAAAUCAAUAAAAGAAGUUCUAGUUAACAAAGGCACAGAUUUCGCAGGCAGACCUCAAAACAGAAUCACAGACGUUAUAUCAAAAAGCAAAGGUUUGGUGGUUGCUCCCUAUGGGCAAGCAUGGAAAGAGCAUAGGCGAUUUACAUUGUCCACACUUCGUAGUUUUGGCUUGGGCAAAAAGUCAAUGGAAGACAGGAUUCAAGAAGAAAAUAUGCACCUAAUUCAAGCAUUCAAGAAUAGCAAAGAUGUCUUAUUUGAUCCGCACUUUGUCCUUGAGAAUGCUGUGUCCAACAUUAUCUGUUCCAUUGUGUUUGGGAGACGCUAUGACUACAAUGACACUUCCUUUCAAAAUAUACUUAACCUUGUCCAUGAAAACAUGAAGUUGGCAACUGGAUUUUGGGCUCAGCUGUACAAUGCAUUUGGCUUCAUCCAAUUUCUUCCUCUACCACACAAGAAGAUAUUCCAAAACGUAGACGUUGUUUUUGCAUUCCUGGGUAAGGUGGUAGAGGAGCAUAAGGAAACUUUGCUACCUGGGGAACCACGAGAUUAUAUAGAUUGCUACUUGGAGGAGCUUAAAAAGAAGCAGGAAGAAGAUGGCAACAAGAUGACGUUUGAUGAGGAGAAUUUAUUUUCUUGUGUGGCAGAUCUGUUUGUGGCAGGCACAGAAACUACAACCUCCUCCCUGGAGUGGUGUCUGCUUUAUAUGUUGAAGUUUCCUGAAAUCCAAGAGAAAUGUCAUGAGGAAAUUGACCGAGUAUUUGGGAAUAAAAAUUGUCUUGAAUAUGAGGACAGAGAAAGAAUGCCAUAUACACAGGCAGUAUUGCAGGAAGUACAGCGUCAUGCUUCAGUUGUGCCUUUAGGAGUGUCACACUCACCAAUACGUGAUGUGCAUCUAAAUGGAUUUUUUAUACCAAAGGGAACAGUGAUAAUCACAGACCUUUCUUCUGUCCAUUAUGAUAAGACCCACUGGAAAUACCCGCAUGAAUUUAAUCCAGAAAACUUCCUGAAUGAGAAUGGGGAGUUAAUUAAAACUGAAGCUUUCCUGCCAUUCUCUGCAGGACCAAGGGUUUGUCUUGGGGAGAAUCUUGCACGCAUGGAGAUAUUUCUCUUCUUUACUGCUAUGCUGCAGCACUUUGAAUUCCACUGGCCGGAUCCAACGUCACCACCAGAUCUCAGACCAGUUUUUGGACUGUCUCAGGCCCCUAAACACUAUAAGAUGAGAAUUGUGUCCCGGAAAAAGAAAUAAGCCUUUGAAAUCAAGAACACUCCGCCCCCUUACAAAAGUGUACAUGUGUGUAUAGUACAUUUUAUGCCCUGUUAUAUUUUUGAAUUUGGCACCCUUUGUAAUAAAUCAAUAAUGAUGAACAGUC